AGUCGUCGAAAGUAUUUAUGUUGAGACGAUUCAUUUCCAAUGGUUGUUGGAAGCUAUAUAACAGUUGUUUAUAUUCUCCAACACAUUCCAACUUUAUUUUAGUGCCAUGUUUAACCAAGAAACCGAGUACUUGCUUUUCCACUAGUUCACAGGAUGGCGAAGAGGAGAACAGUAUCGAUUUCCUCAGGUCAUAUCAGAAAAAGUUCCAGUCGUCCCAUUCACCUUUUUUGGACUUGGAAGAGUUUGAACUGACUCGGAAGGCUUCAGAGGAGCGAAAAGCCUUAGUCCGAGAGUUUUACAAAUAUCCCGUAUUUAUUCAGGAACUAUCAGGCAAGUGCGUUGGUUGUGGAGCAAAACUACAAACAGACAAUCCCAAUACUAUUGGUUAUGUGCCUCCUUUUAAGCUGACUGAGAAUCAUCGCUUUGUUUGCCAACGUUGUUAUUACAUGGUCCAUCGCACACUUGUAGAGGACCAGCUUAAGAUUGGUGCAACGGAAGACUCAACCAACAAAGAUAUUCUGCAUUCACUUAAAUUGUUUGAGCAGAGAUUAGAGAACAUUUGUUCUAAACGUUGUAUCAUUGUUUAUAUGGUAGAUAUAUUUGACUUUGAUGGCAGCUUUGUUUCCAGGUUACCUUUUAUUACUGGCAAUAAUCCAGUUAUUUUGAUAGUGAAUAAGAUUGAUCUUUUACCAAAGGACAUUAAUAUUGGAAGACUUUACGUUUGGUUAAAGAACCAAUGUGAAGCUAGAGGUUUGACAAAGAUUCAUCGCAUUCACUUUGUGUCUUGCACGAAAGACUAUCGGAUGGGUGAAACCAAAGCUGAUAUUAUAAGACUUGUGCAAUAUCUCAAUGCGGAUGUUUACGUAGUUGGCUGUACAAAUGUUGGCAAGAGUACUUUUAUUAAUAGACUUUUAAGCAAUACAGUCGAAAAGAAAACUGGUCAAGAACUGCUGAACUAUUUGGGAUUGAAGCAAGGUCAAUUUAGUCUGACAGAGUUAAAACGAGCAUUCAAAGACAAGAAGGAUCCUCAAUUAACGACAAGUUGUUUUCCGGGUACGACUUUGAAUCCUAUUCGUAUCCAUUUUGGUAGAUCUCAUAGUAUGUAUGAUACUCCAGGAAUUAUCCAGCCUCAUCAAAUAACACAUUUGCUUACCUCGGAAGAGAUAAAAAUGGUACUCCCCAAAAAGAGAGUUCGAGUGGUUAGUUUUCGAUUGAUGGAAGGAAAAUGUAUUCAUUUCGGAGGUUUAGCGAGACUAGAAAUGCUUCAAGGGAAACCCUUCUUUUUCACAGUGUUUAUGAGUAAUGAAGUGAAAGUUCAUCCAAGUACAACAGCAAAGGCUGAAGAGUUAUUGGAAACCCAUGUAGGAGGUUUGUUACAACCACCGAUAUCUUGGAGAAAGUACAAAGAACUUGGCAACUUUAAAGCCAAGGAAUUUGAAGUCGAUGGAGUUGGUUGGUUGCAAUCGAGUCACGAUAUUGUUAUUUCAGGACUUGGUUGGGUUGCAGUUACUGGCUGUGGGAGACUGAAAGUUCGUGUUGUUGCACCAAAAGGAGUGGGAGUCUUUUUAAGAGAACCAAUUGCACCUUUUGAAGUUUUAAAAGGAGUUUCAAAGUAUACAGGAUACAAAGCAUUUGCAGGGAAUCGCGAGACUCGUUCUUAAACGACUUGAAAUGCUUCAAAGGUCAAAAUGUAACAUUUUC